AUGGUCCGCCAACACAACGCCGAUUCGUUUGAUCUGGAAAAGCCGCCCUCAGUCCACUUUGAGAUCGCUUUCCCGUAUGUUGAUCUUUCACACGAGAUUCGGGACACCAAUGAACCCGCACCUGAUAGGCCCUCGCCCACUCGCCCCUUAUCUGACCGAUCAGAACCAUUCGUCUUUGACCAUGAGUCAGAGUGGCGUGCAUGGCUCUGUGUCUUUGGCUCAUUCCUCUUUCUAGUUUGCUCCUCUGGUUUCAGCGGUUCCGUCGGCACACUCCAGUCAUACCUCAGUGAUAACCAGCUCAAAAACAACACCAACAGUCAAAUAGGCUGGAUCCUCGGUGUAUACCUCUUCCUCGCCUGCAUCCCCAGUUUCUUCUACGGCUCUCUUCUCGACCGCUGCGGCCCUCGACUCCUAAGUGCAGUCGGCGGUAUUCUCUCAACAUCCACUUUUCUCCUAAUGGGGCAGUGCAAGACAUACUGGCAGUUCAUGUUCGCCUUUGGUGUCUUUGGCAGUAUCGGGACAGGAAUCAACUGCACUGUUGCUAUUGGCGUAGUGGGAAAGUUGUUCAUUCGGCGACGGGGUUUGGCUAUGGGUUUUGCUGUGACGGGGGCUUCUCUUGGGAUACUUGUCUUUCCACUUGUUCUUCACUCGACGUUUGAGCAUCUCGGUUGGGUCUGGUCCAUGAGGAUCGUGGCAAUAGUCAUCGCCUCCUGCACGAGUGUAGGAUUCCUCUGUUUUCUGCCGUUCGAAAACCUCGUCUUGGGCACCGAUAGCUUCGACCCCUUUGGAACAAGCUCGGUAUUUGAUCUCUCGGCAUGGAAGAGCAAGAGCUUCAUUUUCGUGUCCCUCAGCCUCUUCUUGAUGGAAUUUGUCAACUCCGGUAUAGCCGGUCUGCUCCCAGCUAUAUCCGCCACCGUUGGCUUCACUGCCCAGGAUGGAUUCAUCCUUCUUUCUGUCAUAGGCGGCACCUCAUGCAUCAGCCGCUUGAUUAUAGGCUAUUCAAGCGACCGCCUCGGAGGAAUGAACACAAUGGUCGGCACAAUGGUCCUCAUGGCCCUUCUCAAGUCCGCGAUUUUCAUCCCUUUCACUUCACACGGCCGCUCCCUUCUCUACGCCUUCGCAGCAUUCUGGGGCCUCUUCUCGGGGUCUUUCUAUGCAGUGGCUCCAAUUUGCGUCGGCAAAACAUGCGAUCCAAAGGAUUAUGCGAGAUAUUAUGGCUCGACUAACUUACUUGUUGGAUUAGCGCUGCUCAUCGCUAAUCCCCUGAGCAGCGUCAUGUUGGACAAAGCGGGCGCAAAGCCUCUGGUGUACCUCUAUCUCGGCAUUGUCAUUGCUGCAGUGAUUUCGAUUACUGUGGCUCGUGGACUUGUUAUUGGAAGCUUCACCAGGUUGAGUGAGAGAAUCUAG